CUCACUGUUAAUUAUAUUCUUCUUCUAGGGUUUGAAAAACAAUUCAAUUUGGAUCUGUGUAUAUACAUCCAAUCUCAUCGAGUGAUGGUUCUGUCGCAGAAGAUACACGACGUCUUUAAAGGCACGGUGGAGAGGAUCACUAAUCCUCGAACUGUCUCCGCCUAUAAAGAGAAGGGAGUUCUUAGUGUCGAAGAGUUCGUUCUCGCCGGCGAUAAUCUCGUUUCUAAAUGCCCUACCUGGUCCUGGGAAUCUGGUGAACCAAGCAAGAGGAAAUCGUAUUUGCCAGCUAAUAAACAAUUCUUAAUUACCAGAAAUGUCCCUUGCCUGAGUAGAGCUUCAAAAGUGGAAGAAGAAUAUGAAGCUGCUGGGGGUGAAGUUUUAAUUGACGGUGACGAUAAUGAUGGCUGGCUUGCAACUCAUGGGAAACCAAAAGAUGGAAAAAAAGAAGAGGAAAAUUUGCCUUCUAUGGAGACGCUAGAGAUCAGCAAGAAGAGCACUAUCCAAUCAAUUUCUUCGCACUUUGGAGGUGAAGAGGAGGAAGAUAUCCCUGACAUGGAGGAAUAUGAAGAUCCUGAUAACCUUGUUGAAUCAGAUCCUGCAACACUUCAGUCUUCAUAUCUCGUGGCUCAUGAACCUGAUGAUGACAAUAUUUUACGAACCCGAACAUAUGAUGUUAGCAUCACGUAUGAUAAAUAUUAUCAAACUCCUCGCAUCUGGCUUACUGGGUAUGACGAGUCAAGGAUGCUUCUUCAUCCAGAACUUGUGCUUGAGGACGUUAGUCAAGACCAUGCCCGGAAAACGGUAACAAUUGAAGAUCAUCCACACUUGCCCGGAAAACAUGCAUCUGUACAUCCUUGCCGACAUGGGGCUGUGAUGAAGAAAAUAAUUGACGUUACAAUGUCACAAGGAGAAGAACCAGAAGUAGACAGGUACCUAUUCAUAUUCUUGAAAUUUGUGGCUUCCGUGAUUCCGACCAUUGAAUAUGAUUAUACCGUGGACUUCGAUCUUGGUAGCUCCAGUACUUGAUGUGAAGAAUUUAUAUGGCUUAUAAAGAUGAUAGCUCUGCCAAAAUGAUGUGAAGCUAAAUCAGUUGACCUGGAGGAGUCUGGUUCUUGUUUCCCUCAUUGUUGUACAUAUCAUUCUAUGAAAUUUGUAAAGAAGAAUAUUCUUAAUGAGACCCCGUACAUUUGUUGUCAUGCACACUUUCCACAUUGUAAAUCAAUUAAUGCUUUUACCUUUGUCUUGAAAGUGGGAACAAAAUGCUAAAUCGUUUAAUUCUGUA